AAGGUACAAAGUAAAGAACCAUUGAAAAGUGGCAUAUUCAAAAUUGUUAGCGGCCACAAAGCCACCAGAAACACCUAUACUAAGAACUCAGAACAAACCGUAAUGUCAUUUUCAUUUGUCCUCGCUCUAAAACGAUUUUUGGGACUUAUGGAAGGACUUUCAGAUGUGCCCAAGCAUGAAUCCAUGAACAGCGAGCACAUCAAGGCGUCUGAUGGAUUAACCCAAUUGGAUGCACAAGAACUAAGUGUUCCAAGAUCAAGACAUAACUCAUUGAUAGAAAAUAUAGCUGAACCAAAGGAACAACAUGAACAUCCGUCAAAGUUGACACAAGAAGAAUCCAUUGAAACAGAACAUUCCAAAAUUGUGCCAAACCCAACAGAGCCCCAAGAAGCUGAUGAUUUCACGUGUGGUCGCACCAGCAGUCUAAAUGACAAUGGGGACUUUAAAUUGGCCCAAGAGAAUAAAGGUAUUUUCACGUGCCAUACAGGCCCUAUGGAUCAAGUUUACUGCCUGUGGCACGGGUCUAAGUAUUGCUGCUGUUGUAAUGAGCCCAACUGGGAUAAUAAUCUGUUUUCAGAGGAGGAACUUUUUGAUGAUUGCCUAAACUAUUUGGAAUGUUCUGAUGUCGGAAUGGAUUAUGCCAGUGGAAUCUGGCAGCAAGCUUUUCUAGGCGAUGACCGUGUAUUUUUACUGGAAAUUGACCAGGACAAUGAGACAAAAGCAAGCCAGGAUUGCCUAAAUGGGUGUUAUGAUUCCCACAGUGGUGUGGCUUGUAUGGAUGAAGUGUCGAAUGACAUACAGGCUAUGGAUGCCUUCGCCGGCCUCUGUGUCAGUCACUCAGACGCACCAGAGCAAGCUGUAAAAAGAGAUUUCCCCGGAGACUCUGUCCAAGCUUUACGACCCGAGAUGGUAAUUAUUGCGGGGCACCAACAGGAUGACAUUUCCAGCGUUAAAAGCAAAGAAAGAUGUAAACUUCCUUUAGCUGCGGUGGUGAUCCAGAAUGACCAGGCUGGCAUUGAAGAAGAAAACAAAGAAAAUAAAACCAGUGGAAAUGUGUCGACUUCCACUAAAUCGGGCAAAAUUAAUUCGUUUUUGGGACUAUUUCCGGCCAACGGCUUAGAUAAAACCAGUUUUAUUCCAAUGACAGAUGAACCAAUGGAGAUUUCCGUCAUCCAUGGAUGCUCACAACAAAUUAAGGAAGCUGCCCAUGGUUUUCCCCAUGACAGCAGUGACCGACCUAUUGGAAAUGGCGAUGCAGAAGGAAGUCUACAGGAAUUUGGGCCGUCCAGUCAAUGCCUUUCUGGGGAGAGUGAAAAUUAUUUGGUAAUAAAUAAGGGAGCCAAAGAAGCUGAAGAAAUGAAAACGUGUUUGGCAAAAAUGUUUAAAUCAAAGAGUGAUAACCCUGAUGAUGCGCAAACUCAGGAAACCAAUAUGUGUUCAAAUUGUAUUCACGAUCUGGAUUGUUGUCACCAUCAUAAAGAACCUAUUGAGAGAAACAAAUCCAGCGGAUUUUGUAAGGAACACGAAAACCCCCAAAAUGGAUGUUUGUCAUUUGGAAUUCCACACGACACAGCUUUAACUGGCAAUACAUGUUUCCAGUGUACAGCGACAGGGUCGGAGACUCACACUGACAACGGUUCUGUAGGUUCUCAAGAUAAGGCAAGUAAAAACGUCCAAAACACACAAAAAAGAGAAAAUGCGAAGCUGGUCAUUGCUGAAAAAUUCAACGUGACAUCGAAUUUUAAUGAUCUUUGUGGUCAAAUAAUAGAAACCAAUACCUCAAAGGAUAGUAAAGAAUUACCAAUGCACCGUCAUGUCUUAAGUGAUAAAGAUGCAUACUUGGAGGCUAAUGAACAAACCAAAUAUCUGGAGCUUGGUAAGAGGAGCUCUAUUGGUGACCAUGUCAUUAGAACUAUUAAUAGGUCAACACCUAAACACAAUGGAGAACAAACUAAGGGAACUUCAUUAAAAUGUCAUCCAAAGGAUGAGACAAGUUCCAAAAAUGUAUGUUUGGCGACCCAACCAAAUGAUAUGGUUCAAUCGAGUAAUUGUGUGCAAAGAGACAUUUUAGAACCCAAAACAUUAAAUGUUGAUGUUCUAGCAGCCCCUACUAAUUCGGAGGAAAUAGAUAAUGCGCUUUUGAUUAGUACAAAGGCUUCCAUUCCUGACGUGAGGAAAGGUGACCUCUCUAAAAAUCAGCAGUUCCCAACAGAUGUACGAAGUAAAAAAGAAACUAAAAAGUCAAGUGGCACAGAAAAUAAAGCGACAAAGAAAAAGUUCAAAGCCCACGCAAAAGAAGUCAUCAAAAAUUUAAAAUCUGUUGAAAAAGAAGUAACGGCGUUGGCUGAUGAGGUAUUCCCGGAGGAAGAACCAAAGUCAGACCUGAAGGCGAAUAAUGCAGAGGCCGUAGCAUCAAAGGACAAUAAAAAAGGUCCCCUGUUAAUACAAGAUAUCCAAGCCGAGCUGUUUCCUGACAAUUCUGUAAAUUUGAAGCUGUAUUGUCAUUUUGGUAACAUCCACGCAGACUCCACAGUUACCUGGACUAAAGAAUCCAAGCUGCUCGCCCGACUGCACAGAAGUCCAAAGGAUUAUUCUCCCGUGUCUCUAGCAAUAGUCCAAACAAGUGUAAAAGACCAGGGGAUGUAUCAUUGCACCCUGAAGAACAUGUAUGGGAAAGUGACCACUGACUUCCAUCUCACUCCUGAAGUGUUGGACCAGUUGUCACGCUGCCAAGAUAUUGACGGUGGCGAGGAGAUUGAAUUCAAUCAGCUUUUGUUCAGAGAAGACUUUAUCACCGACAUGUAUUUUGGGGGAAAUUUACACGGUCGAAUAGCCACUGACGAUUUGCACUUUGGAGAAGGCGUUCACAGGAAGGCAUUUCGGAGUAAAGUCAUGUGCGGCUUAUUACCCGUGUUUAACCCCGGUCACCUGUGCGUCCUAAAAGUACACAACGCAAUCGCGUACGGAACUAAGACCAAUGACGAACUUGUCCAAAAGAAUUACAAGCUUGCUGUACAGGAAUGCUAUGUACAAAACACCGCCCGAGAAUACGCAAAGAUUUAUGCUGAAGAGGCCGGACAGCUAGAGGCGUUCGGAAAAGUACCAGAGAUUAUUCCUAUCUUUCUCAUUCAUCGCCCGGCAAACAAUAUCCCGUAUGCGACGGUAGAGGAAGAACUUAUAGGAGACUUUGUGAAAUAUUCCAUUCGAGACGGGAAGGAAAUUAACUUUUUGAGAAGAGAUUCGGAAGCCGGCCAGAAGUGCUGUACCUUCCAACACUGGGUGUAUGAAAGGACCAACGGGAACUUGCUUGUUACUGAUAUGCAAGGUGUUGGAAUGAAGUUAACGGAUGUUGGCAUAGCAACAUUAGCCAAAGGAUACAAGGGAUUUAAAGGAAACUGUUCCGGGUCUUUCAUCGACCAGUUCAAAGCUUUACACCAGUGCAACAAGUACUGCGAAAUCCUGGGUUUAACGUUACUGAGACCCAGCUCAAAACCCAAGAAACCAGCUCCAGUCAAGGAAAAAAGCCAACCCAACCCACCCAGCUCCCGAAAAACCAAGCACGGCACCAAAGCGAAAAGCAAGACAUAAUACUUAGCAUAACCCUUAAAGGGAUGGGACUGUCCUCCUCCUCCAGGAGACUCUGCAUUUCUUUCACGACCAAUCAGCGCAUUUAAGGGUUAACGGUCAUAAAAUGGGAGUUAUUGCUAUUACCGUUAGUUACCGCACAGAAUCAGUGUUUAACCUACGCAUUAUAUUUCUAAUAUAUGCAAUUGUUCGGUGGCGGAAUAUUACAAUAAUAUCAUAUGGAACGUCUUAUUAGUAUUUUGCAUUAUUGCAUUUCUCGCAGUAUCUGAUGUUAGC